AUGAAAUUCUGGCCAAAAAUAUUUUUCUCCAUCUAUUUCUUUCCUUGUUUUCUUAACAUUUCAGUUCUGCUGAUCACCGAUGCAGAUGCAAGAUGUUCGUCAUUUUAUUUGAAGGCAGUUGGACAGGAUGGUUUCGGUGGAGAGUCUCUUGCUCGUAUAGGUCUUAUAGCUACCGCGGUAAAUGAAGGAUUUGCGUAUUGCCACUCACCAUUUUAUCAUUUACAUCAUGUUGGAGGACACGAAGAAGCGCUAGAGAAUUUUUUGAACUUGAGCGGGGCUGCACAUGUUCUAUUUGGACGAGACCAAAAUUGUAGUUCAAUUAGAUCCAAAAUUUUGCUUGGAGAAGGCUUGCUUCCGCGAAAAAAGUUCAUCUGCCGCGAAGGCAAAUCUAUUGUAGGUAUUUGUUCAAAAACCCACAUAUGCGCUAGUAUUUUUUCAAAAAAACCUUCUUCUGUGUUGAAGAUCAUACCUUCACUAAGAGCAGCUUUUAAUGAUGGAGUAAGUUAUGGGACUGAGAACGGGUCAGAUCAAAAUGUCACAAAUAUAGUAGUUCACUUGCGCAGGGGUGAUGCUCCUUCUCACAGAGUGUUAUCAAACAAAAAGUUAUUGUCUUUGAUAAGAGUACUAAGACAGAGGUAUAAAAAUAUGCAAAUAAAAUUCCACGUGUAUUCACAAGGGAAUGAACAUGAAUUUUAUGAUAUUAUCUCGGAGAAAAGUGUUUCUCUCCACUUAUCUGCUCCUACAGUUCCGUGUCGUUACGGAUCCCGAGGGAUGGCAAAGAAUGAGAACUGCUUGAAUCAUACAGUUUCAGAACAUAUUGUAGAUGACUUAAUGCAGACGUUCUCUUCUCUAAUCACGGCAGAUGUUCUUGUACUAGCUAAUAGCGCGUUCAGUUAUUUGGCAGGCAUUUAUAACUCAGGAACUGUUUACUACAUAUACAAUAAAAAAGGAUCGUUUGUCGGAAACCGUAAACCACUACCUUCGUGGAUUGCACUGAACUUGAGAUAA